UAAUUAAAUUUUCAAUUUAAAAAAUAAACAUACAAAACACAAGCAUAUUAAAAAAAAAAAUCAAGAAGAGGAUCUUGAUUCAUUUAUAUUACUAUCGUGAUCGUACUUCAUAGAAUGCAAUUCUCUCUCUCUCGCUCGGCAUAAAAUGCCGAACACAAACAAGGUUGAAAGCUUAUGCUUCCUUUCCUUUUUGAUGUGUUUAAAUCCAUAAAGUCGCUAGUUUAAGUAACAUUUUGGUUCACCUCAAGGAAGUAUAGUUUUUAUUAUUUUGAGAAUCGCUGAAAAAAAGAAAAAAAAAAAAAAGAAAAUAAAAAACAGAGAGGGAAGAUCAGAGGCUCCAUGGGAGAAGCAGCAGAAAGCAUGGAAAAGGGUUUGUUAAACAAAGGAGGAGAUGAUUUUGUUUGUAAAACAAAGUGGUUUGUGUUUGUUGAAGAAGUUCAGAGGUUGGGAUACAUAGCAGGACCUAUGGUGGCUGUGAAUUUGUCUCACUACUUUUUACAAAUAAUUUCUCUUAUGAUGGUGGGUCAUUUGGGUAGCCUUUUUCUGUCUAGCACAUCUAUUUCAGUCUCUUUCUGUGCUGUUUCUGGUUUUAGUCUUCUAUUUGGAAUGGCAAGUGCAUUGGAAACUAUAUCUGGACAAGCAUAUGGAGCUCAGCAAUAUAAAAAACUAGGAAUUCAAAUGAACACUGCAAUUUUCUCACUAACCUUAGUGUGUUUUCCUCUGUCUCUCAUGUGGUUCUACAUAGAAAAUAUACUCAUAUUCAUGGGCCAAGACCCUCUAAUUUCACAAGAAGCUGGUAAAUUCACAAUGUGGCUCAUCCCUGCUCUAUUUGCCUAUGCAACUCUUCAGCCACUUGUUAAGUAUUUUCAGACUCAGAGUUUGAUUGUUCCUUUGCUUGUUACCUCAUGUUGCUCUAUUUUUUCCCAUAUACCUCUCUGUUGGGUUCUAGUAUUCAAGUCUGGAUUAGGACAUGUUGGAGCAGCUUUAUCCAUUGGAAUCUCAUAUUGGUUGAAUGUUAUAUUACUUGCAUUAUACAUGAGAUUUAGCCCUGCUUGUGCAACCACGCGGGUUCCAAUUUCUUUGGAGAUCUUUCAAGGAAUAGGAGAGUUCUUGAGCUUCGCUAUUCCUUCAGCUGUAAUGAUUUGCCUUGAAUGGUGGUCAUUCGAGCUGCUCACUUUGCUGUCUGGUUUUCUGCCAAAUCCGGAGCUUGAAACUUCAGUUCUAUCUGUAUGUUUGUCAAUCAUCACAUCACUCUACACAAUACCAGAAGGACUUGGUGCAGCUGGAAGCACUCGAGUUUCUAACGAACUAGGAGCUGGAAACCCACAAGGGGCACGAAUAGCUGUAACUGCUGUGAUGUUUCUAACAGUUUCAGAAGCAAUUUUGGUAAGCUCAGCUCUGUUUGCAGGGAGACAUGUUUUUGGUUACAUUUUCAGCAAUGAGAAAGAUGUUGUGGAUUAUGUCACUACCUUGGCUCCUCUAGUUUCUCUGUCUGUCAUAUUUGACAGCUUACAUGGGGUCCUUUCAGGUAUUGCUAGGGGAUGUGGAUGGCAGGACUGGGGAGCAUAUGUCAAUCUUGGUGCCUACUAUCUUUUUGGAAUUCCAAUUGCUGCUAUUUUGGGUUUCUGGUUUGAUUUGAGAGGAAAGGGUCUAUGGAUUGGACUCCAAGCUGGUUCUUUCUUGCAAGCUUUUAUGCUGUGUGUCAUAACCAGUUGUACAAACUGGGAGAAGAAGGCGAAAAUGGCCAGGGAGAGGAUAUUUGAGGGAAGAACUUCAAUAGAUAAUUUAUUGGUUUCUUAGAGAACAAUUUAAAGAUAUGCUAUAUAAGUUUCUUCCACCACACUCUGGAAGUAAUAUUGCCUACAAAGACCAGCAGCUUUACCAAAAUCAAGCAGAUUUUUUGUUCAAGAGUAUCAUAGGAACAUGUAAAUUUGAGGAAAAAACUUCAAUACAUCAUAUAUAUAUAUAUAUAUUGUUCUCUCUUACAUAGGAUAUGGGCCCUAUAAGAACUCACAAGGAUGAUGGUGCACAUCCUUAUAAGGUCCAGAUCCUAUAUAAAAGAGAGUUGCAUACGACCGCAGUACUAAGAAUCUCUCAAAUUUGCAACCAAAAAUGCUUACCAUUUUUUUGACAUUUUGCUCUAGAUUUAUUUUGACAAAAUGGCAAAUUUCCCUUAUUUUGAAAAGUGUAUUUCAGCAGAUGAUUAACCAC